AUGAUUUAGUAAUUAAAUUUUAACUUAAAAUGUGAAUAAGAUGAUCAUAAGGAUGAGAUAGAAUCAGUUUGUUACAACCAGUAUUGUACAGAAUUUAGAUUGAAUUGCUUUUAAUGUCUUAAUAAAUGUAAUAUCCAUCGCGGCCACCGCGAAGAAAAUAAAAAGAUUAAUACUUUGAUGAAUUUUAAUGAUAGUCAAAAUAUAGAAUGUGAUAAAUUGAUUAAUACUCUUAAUACAUAUGUAGACAGUUUGAAUAAAUCAUUUACUUUAUAUAAAAUGGGAAUCAGAAAUAAAUAUUCUUUAUAAAAGGAAAAAUUAGUAAAAUUGAAUUCAUUGUAAAUAAAUGAUUAUUUAAAUUCAACCGUCAAAUUAAUUGAAUAUAAAUAAUCAAUUACUGAAAUCCUUUAAGAACCUAUUAAGAAAUUAACUGAUUCAUUUAAAAAUUUAUACUAAUAAUUAUAAUUAUCAUAAUUUAAUUAUUAUUAGAUUGAUGAUAAUUCUAUUAAAUUAUCUAAAGAGUUAUAUGAUAAAGGUAAUCAUAUUGUAAUAAUCCUUAGGUUAUGAUUUAUAUUGGAAAUAAAAAUAUGACAAGGCGAUAUAACUAUUUGAUGAAUCAAUACUUUAAAAUUAGAAUAACUAUUAAUCUCUAUGGUGUAAAGGUGAAAUUAUGAUAAAUUAAUAGGUGCAUCUUUAAGAUUCUUAAAUAAAUAUGAGGAUGCAAUUAUUUAGUUGGACAAAGCAUUAGCUAUUGAACCUAGGCAUCUUGGUUCUUUAUUUGAGAAAGGUAAAUUUAAUUAUAAUUAUUUUAAUUGGUGUAUGUUUAAGAUUCUUAAACAAAAAUGAGGAUGCAAUUAUUUGGUUGGACAAAGCAUUAGCUAUUGAUCCUAAGCAUAUUGGUUCCUUAUUUGAUAAAGGUAAAUUGAAUAAUAAUUAUAUAAAUAGGUACAUGCUUAAGAAAGUUAAAUCAAUAUGAAGAUGCAAUCAAUUGGUUGGAAAAAGUAUUAGCUAUUGAACCUAAGCAUUGUAAUUCCUUAAGUGAAAAAGGUAACUGAAUAAUAAAUAUAUGAAUAGGUUAAUGCUUAAGAUUGCUGAAAAAAUAUAAUGAAUCUUUAGAAUUACUUGAUUAAGCACUGUCCAUCAAUUCGCAACAUACGUUUUCCCUUAAUCGCAAAGGUAUCAUAACAUAGUAUUUGUUUUAGGAGAUUGUUUAAGAGAUACAUAACAAUAUAAAGAAGCUCUAAUUUAUUAUGAGAAAUCAUUAAAGAUUGAGCCAAAUAAUCAAUAUACAAUAACCUAAAAAUGUAUGCUUUAUUUAUAAAAUUAGAAUUUUGCUAAAAGAGAUAGAAUAAAUGA